CAACACAAUCCACCAUGACCAGGGGGCGCUGUGCCUUUGCCCUGUUCUCUGCUCUUCAUGUGUGUGUGAGCGUGGAGUUGACUGGUUUAUACGGCAGCUUCAGCUCUCCGGGCUUCCCUCAGCCGUACCCCGAUGACCAGAUCCAAGUGUGGAACAUCAGCGGUCCAUCGGGACACAGGGUCAAACUGUACUUCACCCACUUCAGUUUGGAGCCUUCAGACCAGUGUGAAUACGAUUAUGUCCAGGUUUUCGCAGAGGGCAGUGAAACGUUGCGGUUUUGUGGAGAGGAGAAGAAGAACUACGAGGGCAGCCCCAGGAACGCCGUCAUCCUAUCGGCCUCAAACUUCCUGUCGGUGGUCUUCAGGAGCGACUUCUCCAACGAGGGCCGAUUCACGGGGUUCCGGGCUUUCUACGCUGCAGAAGACAUCAACGAGUGCGUCUUGAAGGUGGACGGAGAGCGUUUGUGCGAUCAUUUCUGCCACAAUUACAUCGGGGGAUAUUACUGCACUUGUCGACAGGGAUACUUUCUCCAUGACAACAACAGAUCGUGCACAGUGCCAUGUAAGAGCCAACUCUGGACCGACCUCUCUGGCGUCCUGACCAGUCCUGGAUACCCAAACCCGUACCCUCCCAUGACCCAGUGUAACCACACCAUCAGUUUACCGGAGGGCUACCGAAUCCUGCUGGCCUUCGCUGCACCGUUUGAUAUAGAGAGCCACCCGGAAGUCCCCUGUCCCUACGACCUGCUCCGAAUUUCUACUGCCGGACAAGAGUACGGGCCUUUCUGUGGAUCUGUACCUCCGAAUAACAUCGAUACGGGAAGUUACCAAGUCCGUGUGGCUUUCAGAUCGGACAGCACUGGGAGAAACAAAGGCUGGAAGAUGAAGUAUAGUAGUGUCAAAGUUUGAUCGAUGUCGAGUGUAACGGGAGACAGCUGAUGGGAGAGUUAAACGUAUGGCUAUUUUUCAUUAUUCAUUCAAUAAAACUACAAAAAUGGACCAUCCCCUGUGGUUAAAAACGUGUCUGUAUGAGAUGGACUGUUGACAGCGGUUAAAUUAAUGGCAAGUUUGACAUCUUGGCUAGAUUGAUCUUUCUUUUUUUUCUUUUUUUGUGAAGUUCAUGUGUUUUUUUAUUACUACACUAGACCCUCUCUCAGGAUUUUACCUUCCUGGCACCCUCAAGAGACUCACUUUCUUACAAUCUGAACCUGUUGGUGUUAUUGGAAAAGGUUACGGAAUAGGUGACACUUCUUUGUUAAACUGCCCCAAGGUGAGGUUUUGCAGGACAGUAUCGCAACAACACAAGUUCUCCAUCAGAAAUCGACUAUUUUCAUAAAGUAAAAUAAAAGGCAUCUCAUGAUUUGCUUCUAAAAGGUCCUAUAUUACACAGAAUUGACUCUUGUGAGCUUUAAGCCAUGUUAGAAUGGUGUUACUUCAGCAAAAAACAUACCCAGAGUUGUGUUUUGUUUCAUUCGCACCUAAUCCUGGUUUAUUACUGUGGUUCUCCUCGAGGUUUCUCUUUUUCCCACUGGGUUUUUUUGUGUUUUUUUGCCGAAAAGGAGGGUCUAAGGACAGGGGGCGCUCGGGGACAGUGGUUCCUGCAGGAGGAGGGUCUAAGGACAAGGGAUGUUCUGGGACAGUUCUCCAUUUGCUCAUUUUCUGUUGAUUAAUUUGCUCGUCUGUUUCUCUUUCAUUGUUGAUUUUCUAACUUUCUGUUGGUUAAAUCAUUUCUCAUGUUCAGUUCUAAGACGCGACUGCUGUUGUGAUUUUGGGCUUUACAAAAAUAAAUUGAACUGAAUUGUAUUAGUCUGUCUAAAUCUCCAAAGCUCAAAAUGCUUUGUUCCACCUUGUGAUGUCAUGAAGGGGCAUUUUUUUCAACUUAACAGCUCCUUUUACUUUAAGUUCAGUAGAGAUUAGUGAUUCCAGGGCUGAAAUCAUCCAAAUGAUUCUUGUGAAAGUGCAUGGGGUUUAAAAACACAGUGGAGCACUUCCUGUAUUACCACAUGAUGACAUCACAAGGUGGAACAGAGUGUUUUUUUUCCAGUUUGAGAGAAGAACACAGCUUUAAUAUACAGGGUUUGUGUGUAAAACAUUGUGCGAAUGAAACAACAUAUUAUAAAAUAGGCCCUUUAAGUUCUGCUUUAAAGUUAUUUUGGUCUUGUUUUAGUUACGUUUUAUUUUGUCACUCUUUUAUUAAGACAUGUGCACUUUUGUUUUAAUCUAACUAGUUUAAUCAGAUGUUUACGAUUACAGAAUAAAUAAUUGAAGGACUAAUUAAAACACAACUUUAUGACUAGGCCUAUAAAUACCAAUAUCAAAUUUGUGCGUAGCCUGUGUGAUAAAUAUUGUAUGAGUCUCAUUAUAUCUGACACACCAUAUGCCAGGUUAAAACGAUGCAUACAUAGCGUAACAUAGAAGUCUCUCAGCUCAUUUCUCCAUGCAGGGAAGACGUUUAACCCUGAUGCAUUAUUCAUCUCAUUCAGACACUCUUUAGCUGUUCUUCUGUUUCCAAACAGUCAUUACGGGCUUCUUCAGGUCUGUCAAAUUGCCUCUUGUUGGGCACUUUUGAACGCACUCACUAACACUUCCUCCAUCUGUGGCGCUCGAGAGGGGCAGGAGAGCACGCUGUCUCUGUCUACUUGGAUAAACGAU